AUGUGGCCGAAUCUGAUUAUGAUUUCUUCUGCUAAGGGUAUUCCACUUACAUUAUUGAAUGCUCGGAUGUCUGUGAAGUCCUUCAAAUUUUGGUCAGGAUUGGCGCUUUCCUUGAUAUCGUUAAUGCUAUCCAAGUUUGAUUUGAUUGUCCCACUGAGUACCACUCAGGCAAUACGCUUCCAGCUUCUGCAAGCUCCACCUUCAAUCAUAAAUUUUGCUGGUGAUUUGAAAUACGUGGUAGAACCUGACAUGACCAAGAGGAAUAUAGCAAGCACUGAAGAUUUGAAGGACGAGCUCUCUGAUAGGCAUGUAUGGGUUGCUGCAUCAGUUCAUAGAGGUGAAGAACAAGGUUUCCUGAGUUAUUGUUGCUUUCUAAGCACUCAUGACUGUCAUCUUUUCAGUAAUGUUAGCAGUUCGCAGAUCGUUGGCCCGAAGGAAUUGCAGUAA